AUGACAGAAUCUGUAGAUGAGGACAUUAAGAGCAAUGGCUUUUUUUGUUAGCGCAAGCCGCCAUGCUGUUCCGGCCUGCAAGUUUUUAGGAAUCAGCUACCCAGGAAAAAUGAUUUUUAUUCAUAUGAGCCACCGUCUGAGAAUCCUCCCCCAAAAACCGAAUCAGUGUGUCUCCAACUUAAGUCUGGUGCUCAUCUAUGCAGGGUUUGUGGCUGUUUAGGCCCCAAAACGUGUUCCAGAUGCUACAAAGUGUAUUACUGCAGCAAGGAGCAUCAGACCCUAGACUGGAGACUGGGACAUAAGCAGGCUUGUGCACAACCAGAUCAUUUGGACCAUGUAAUUCCAGACCACAACUUCCUUUUUCCAGAAUCUGAAAUUGUAAUAGAAACAGUAGAUGAAAUGUUGCCUGAGGUUGUGGAAAAGGAAGAUUACUCAGAGAUUAUAGGGAGUAUGGGUGAAGCACUUGAGGAAGAACUGGAUUCCAUGGCAAAACAUGAAUCCAGGGAAGAUAAAAUUUUUCAGAAGUUUAAAACUCAGAUAGCCCUUGAACCAGAACAGAUUCUCAGAUAUGGCAGAGGUAUUACCCCCAUCUGGAUUUCUGGUGAAAAUAUUCCUCAAGAAAAGGAUAUUCCAGAUUGCCCCUGUGGUGCCAAGAGAAUAUUUGAGUUCCAGGUCAUGCCUCAGCUCCUAAACUACCUGAAGGCUGACAGACUGGGCAAGAGCAUUGACUGGGGCAUCCUGGCUGUCUUCACCUGUGCUGAGAGCUGCAGUUUGGGUAUUGGCUAUACAGAAGAAUUUGUGUGGAAGCAAGAUGUAACAAAUACACCAUAAGAGCAUCUUAAAGCCUUCAGAUAUGUUAAUAAUCUUUUACACCUUGCAAUUCCAUUUCUGGGACUUUAUCCUAAGGAAAUACUUAUGCCAAAAA